AUGCCGGACAGACAUCAUAAGGCUGGGCACCUGGGUCAAGAAGCAUAUGUCACAGAUAUUUCAUCCUUCGAUGACAGAAAGAGAAGUCGAGGCGAUACCGAUACCGACGAUGAUAGCCCGACGCCCAGUACAUCGAAGAGACGGAGGCCGGACGACGACUUCGAAAGUGACGAUAGAAAAUACCAAAAAGACUGCACGACAGGCACGUUCUCACAUGACGACUACACAGUUGGCUGGAUUUGCGCGCUUCCUAUCGAGAUGGCCGCGGCAAGAACUAUGUUGGACACUGUUCACGAGGCGCUUCCGAAUAGUCGAAAUGAUACCAACACGUAUAUCUUGGGGAAUAUUGCCAUGCACAACAUUAUCAUUGCAUGUCUGCCAUCGGGUCACUAUGGCACAAACAACGCGGCGACCGUGGCGAGCAACAUGCGCCGGAGCUUCCUUUCUAUACGCGUAGGACUGAUAGUCGGUAUUGGUGGGGGGGUCCCCGGAAAAGCCGACAUCCGACUCGGCGAUGUCGUGGUCAGCGAUAAAGGAGUGGUGCAAUUUGACUUAGGAAAGGCGGUUGGGGAGGGUCACUUCAGGCGGACAGGUACUCUGAACAGACCCCCACAUGCGCUCCUGACAGCCGUCGCCAAACUACGAGCGGAUCAUGUAUCAAAACCCAGCCAAAUGCCGUCGAUCCUUUCCAAUAUGCUUGAAAAAUACCCCCAGAUGACUAAAUACACCCACCGCGGUCCACUACAAGAUCGUUUAUUUGAUGGUACAUAUGACCACAUCCAGUCGAUGGACAGCUGCGAGCAUUGCGACACAUCCAGAUUGGUGAACAGGCCCGCCAGACGCAACGCUAAUCCGGAGAUUCAUUACGGAGCCAUCGCCUCUGGAAACCAAGUCAUGAGACACGGAAAGAUCAGGGACCAGCUGGCGCAAGAACUCGAUGUCCUGUGCUUCGAGAUGGAAGCGGCAGGAGUAAUGGACAGCAUCCCGUGUCUGGUCAUCCGCGGAAUUUGCGACUAUUCGGACUCUCACAAAAACAAGCAAUGGCAAGAGUAUGCAGCAGCAACGGCUGCAGCAUAUGCCAAAGAGCUUCUCUCCGUCACACCGGCCAGCGGGGCCAAGAAGAUGUCAAAGGUACCUUCAGCUGACACUGAUCGCCAAAAGCAUCUCUUGAAGUCUCUGAAGUUUGAGCAAAUUGAUGCUCGCCGCUCAGGCAUUAAGCCUAACCAUGUGGAGACAUGCCAGUGGCUGUUGACACAUUCCGAUUAUCUGGACUGGCUCGAUCCGAAAAAAGCCGUCGAACACCACGGCUUUCUAUGGAUAAAAGGAAAGCCCGGUGCUGGGAAGUCGACGAUCAUGAAUUUUGCCUAUACACAGGCGACCAAAGACAAGGCGGUCACAGUCAUCUCGUUCUUCUUCAACGCAAGAGGCGAUUCUUUGGAGCGGUCGACUACUGGGAUGUAUCGUUCUCUACUGUUUCAGCUCCUGAAUGCGCUACCAAGGAUCACCGAGGUGUUUAACGGGCCUGAACACAAGGAUAAACUCGACGACUUGCACGAGAGUAUUGUGAAUCAGAGCAGGCAUCCUGAGUGGCAAGUAGGGAUACUUCAAGGCCUGCUGCGGAGCGCAAUAGCGAAGAUCGAUCAACAACCUUUGACGAUCUUUGUUGACGCUCUUGAUGAGUGCGACGCGGAUCAAGUGGAGGAGAUGGUGGAGUACUUUGAAGAUUCCGCACAAUGCGCUGUCUCAAGCGGAACACGACUUAAUAUAUGUUUCUCUAGUCGCCACUAUCCACAUAUCGACGUCCAGUACGGCCGAAAAUUGAGCCUGGAACUUCAGGAGGGACACGAAAAGGACAUCGCCACUUACAUCCAAAGCAAGCUCAGAGUUGGGAAAAGUAAAACUGCCGAGGAUAUUAAAACCAAGAUGCGGGACAAAGCAGGCGGCAUCUUCAUGUGGGUUGUUCUAGUUGCCGAAAUUCUCAACACAGAAUAUAAAGGCGGCCGGAUCUUCGAUGUGAGGAAGCGGCUUGAUGCGAUACCAACCAAAUUGAGCGACCUCUUCAGGGAAAUCCUGUGCAGGGAUCAGAAGAACCUGCAAGAUUUGCAGCUUUGCAUCCAAUGGAUUCUUUUUGCGAAACGUCCGUUGAAGCUGGAAGAGUACUACUUCGCAGCCGUGUCUGGACUGAGUCCGGAUGAGUUGCGCGAAUGGGACCCGGAGGACGUCACCAGAGACGACAUGAACAGAUUCGUUCUAAGUUCUUCAAAGGGACUUGCAGAAACAACCAAGUCUACAGUUCAGUUCAUCCACGAGUCGGUGCGAGAAUUUUUUCUGAAAGAUGGCCUACGGGAGUUGUGGCCCGACCUCACAGCAGACUUCCAAAGUUUAAGCCACGGUCAACUACAGCAAUGUUGUUAUGCCUAUCUCAAGCUCGACAUCUCGGCCUAUGUGCCCUUCGGAACGACACUCCCAAAGGCAUCCUCUGAUCCGGCAAAAGAUUUGCGAAAAUCGGUGUCAGAUAAGUUUCCAUUCCUUAUAUACGCGACUCGCCAUGUCCUCUAUCAUGCCGAUGCUGCUACGAAUACAUUCCCACAGGACGAGUUCCUGGACACCUUCGACCUCGAAGCUUGGAUUAAUCUCGAUAACCUCUUCCAUAUAUAUAAUAGCCGCCGCCACACGCCGACUGCAAGUCUUGUGUACAUUCUUGCGGAGAACAACCUGGCAAAGCUCAUUAGGGCAGCACUCCGUCUCGACUCGAGGAUCAAUAUUCAAGGAGAACGAUAUCAAUAUCCUCUUUUCGCUGCCUUGGCUAAUGGCCAUCGAGAUGCCGUUAAAGCACUAUUACAAAAGGAGGCAAGCUGUCUACAAAAUGACAUCUCUGCGCAGCUGGAAUAUGGGGGGGAUUUUACAGCUCGCAAGGGUCAGACGCCGCUGUCGUGGGCCGCCGAGAAUGGGCACGAAGCCGUCGUCAGGCUGCUUCAAUCGACGAAAUAG